CGCUGGUGCGCCCAGGGGUUAGGAGCUCGUGGUUCUCCGAGUCCGCCAGCCUCGCGGGCGAUUGUCCGCUAGUUGCCAAUCGCUCGGCGCCUGCGCAAACGGCGGGCGACCGUCACCAUGACAGCGCCGGCCCGGGGCCCGGGAUCUUGGAGUGAAAAUAUACUGGAAUAUUUUCUGAGAAAUAACCGGAUUAAAACAGAAGAUAGCACUGAGAUCAUCUGGUAUCAUGCAGCUAACCACAAGGCACAGAUGAAUGAGGCAUUGAAAAGUAAUGCUCAUAUGAUAGAGGCCAAUGUCAUUCUUCCAAGUAAUGGAUCAGAGCAUGCACAACCAGUCAUGGCCCAUCCCCCUGAAACAAACAGUGAUAAUACUCUACAGGAGUGGCUCACUGAGGUUGUGAAGAACAAUAAAAGCAUCAAGCUGGAUUUCAAGAG